GGGUUUUGACAGAGACAUUUCUGGAUAUAAGAUCCUAUUGUUGCGAUGCUGUCUUAGCCUAAGCUUAGCAUUAUCACUCAGCAAGCGGUAAGAAGAUGGAUCUUGUACCCCCAUCUUACCAGUCCGCAACGACCAGAGAUGCGUGGUCCUUUAUUGCUACAUAUAUCCCAUCUAGCGACCUAUGCGCUGCUACAUUAGUCUGUCGGAAAUGGCACACACUUUUUAUGCCGUUCUUGUGGGGUGAUCCUGCAUCCCAUUUUGGGACUGAUAAUGAUGCCGUUUAUGUCGCCUUAACAAGGUUUAGGAGAACCCUAGUGUAUGCCAGGUUGGAGGUGCGGAUGCUAACACAUACACUUCAUCUUCCUCCCGCUCUUUCAGAAAUAUACGGAGGUCCGCGACCGGAAUGGCUGAGGGAGAUUCUCGAAUAUUUACCAUGCCUUCAGUCUCUGAUUGUCUCUAAAUUGCCCUUCUUUGACCAUAAUUCUAUGAUAGCCUUAAGAAAUAAUACGAACCAAGAACAGGUCAACGAGGCAGUCCCUCAUUCAUACAACGUUCGUCUGUUGUUGGCGGACCACGAACCUAAUACAACCUCUCAGGGGCUUGCAGAGGCUCUAUUGCGUUUUCAGGAACUUAUAUAUCUUGAUCUGUCAUAUACCACUCCAGCUCGAGACUGUAGUGUUCUAUCUGCUUUAUCUCAAUUGGAGCAUCUGCAGGUCUUGAAACUACGCGGCACUGGGUUAAGAGAUAGCGACGCGGAGUUCUUAGCCAAUGCUAUUGGCCUGAGAGUUCGCUACUUAGACUUGCGGGAUAAUAGGCUCACUGAUAUGGCCGUGCGGUCUUUACUACAAGCUUCUUUCCUAUCACCAGGUAAUCCUGCAGUCAGUCAUGGUCCAGUGGUGGGAACGAUAGCUCCAGGACCUUUCACUCCAGCAACAUCACCACCGACUGAUUCGAAAUGGCUCAGCUGUCCUACAUUAGAUGAGCAGUUUAUGAAAGCGUUAACACAGCCCUUGACGGGUCGUUCGUGGGUUGAGAGUGUACCGCAUGCGGGCAUUACACAUUUAUAUAUCGCAGAUAACCGGAUUACAGUCGAGGGUGUCGCAAGCCUUAUAGCUUCAUACCGACUUCACACUCUUGAUGUAGGAACUGUUGAUACCGCCGAGUCUAUUCGGGAUACGCGUGUUAUAUCUUCAUACCACAAAGACCCCCGAAAACUUCCUGGCGCUGAGAAAUUGAUACCAAUUCUGGGUUCUGCCGCAAAAGAGAACCUAACAUACUUACGUGCUCACCAUGCAGUUUGCACCGCCGAUGCCCCUUGGAAAGACUCCGUGUCAUCGGAUGGAUUUGUAGCUGAACUUCCGGCUGAAAGUGAAGAUCAAACCCCGGAGCUAGACGCCGCGAACGUGAUCCAUGAGCUCCCCGCAGAGGAAGCUCCCAUUUUUGAGCUUGCAGGGUCACCAGUACCAGAGGCAUGGAGAACAGACCUUCAACGUUCCGGAAAUGGUACACAGGCGCCUAUCCGUGAAGAUGAGCCAUUGCCCAUACGAAGACGAGGCUCUGUUUUUGCCCCUGAGGUGGUUGAGACUCCCCACAUCAGGACAGAUGGUGAUGCUACACAUAUUACCAUUAGUCCGCUCCAUCCAGCCCAGGCUCAAGAAGGCUUAAUCCCGACCGAGUCGGAGUUCAAUGAGAACUCGGAGACGCCUGGUACGAUUCCAAGAUGUGCAUCUCCAGUAAUGAUGGAUGACCCCAAAACCCAGAAAAUCCAAGAACUGGUGUCAAAAAGACCAAAGAAUUUCGUACUGCCUCGAAAAGAUAACAAGGAGAACGGUUUUCCUUAUCUGCAUCCUUCUUUUGUCCCCCAUCUUGAGACACUAGUCUUGACUGAUGUUCCGUCCCAUGUUCCCGCAAACUCCCCAAUCUUGAGGUCUCUAAUCCGCUUUAUAACAGCCUGCUCAGAUGAGGCGUUGCUGGCAACGCUUCAAGCAGGAUCAGACUAUUCGCUUCCUCCUGGUCGAGCUCGAGCCAAAGCUGAGCAAGAACGAUCUCGGUCUCUGUUUGCCCUGCGGCGCUUGGUACUUGAAGUGACUCCUGUUGAGAGAACAACGGCUAAAUUAACUGCGUGGAAACCAAUGAGCUACCAACAAGGGGCGCCAAAAUCAAGCACUGGGGAUCGAGACUUAGAAAAACUGUGGGCAGCAGCAGCGGACGACUUCAGUUUCUUUGGAGAGGACGAAUGUGGGGUCCCGAAUCAUGACCCGGGGAGGUACUUUCCAAUGGCUGCUCUCAACGAGAAAGUCACUUUGAUCCCGGAAGAUGACGAUUCUGGCAACUCAGGGAAUUCAACGCCGGUUACAUCUGCGCAGAAGUUGCACCGUCCGGAUUUCCCCUCCUCUUCUGGCAGCUAUUCUCGUCCCUCUUUCAACAACUCUGGACUAGCGCGGAAUGACGGCAGCGUGGUUUCGCCUCAAACCGAUGCUCCUGAGGUUGACCUCGUCACUGAAUUGGCCGCUUUUAGGCGUUUAAAGAAAGCUGAAUAUGAAGACCUGUUGCGCACGGACCGGAAGAGAAGGAGUACGGUAGGCACUACGUCUUCGCUCCUCUCUCCGUCGGGGUCGUUAUCAUCAUUCGGGCCACUGUCGCCUUCUCCAAGCCUAUCUACUCUGACAGCAGUCUCGGCACCUCAAUUGGCCAUGUCGCAUUACGUGGAAGGGUAUUGGAAAGGUGAAGUGAAAAUUGUCCGAAACCCCGCACCCAAAGGGCGGAGCGGAGUGGUUGAUAUGUAUGGGAAUUACUUCGAGAAAGGAUACCUAUAUCCCUGAGCCUUGUGAGCAUAUGCAUCGCUUGGAAGUUGCUGUUAGACCGCAGACGUGUAUUCACUCAGUUCUGUAUUAUGUCAAGAAGUUAGAUACCCCGAAACAAAACUCUAGCCGUGAGAGUCAUGGUGAUGCAUUUAUAGAGGGAUCUCCACAGGUAACCUGACAUAAGUAUAAUGGGACUGUAGUGGGGCUAAGGUAGUGCAACUACAAAUAGAGGCCACUAGAGCGUUUUACAAUGGAAGCGGAAUCGUUUUGAGUAUCUGAUCAUUUUCUCUUUCAGUCGUUAUAUGAGCUUGGAUUCCCAUUCGUCACCAAGUCAAAACGUCGACAUACAAUGGAAUCAUGAAAGCCCCUGGCCGAACCAACUAGGUGCAUCCGGUUCCCGUCUCCACUGGGCUAUGUUCGUUUACCUUUUGUGAACAGUAAAUGUUUAGAUUUUGUUUUGUUUUAUUUGCGUCUCCUGCCCACGGGCAACCCGUAAUGCAAGCCUUCGACCCCAAAACUGAAACCCAUUCAUUCCAUUUGAACCGAGUAAGAAAGUCUGUUCAGUAAAGAAACAAGAAAAGAAACAAGCCUUUUAAACUAAUCCCAUUUUUCUCUUCUGUUUCCCUUCCUUACAUAGCCUUAGCGGCCUGAGGGGGGUUCAGCUUCUUGCCGUCCUUGUUGUACCUGAUGCGAGGAGGGGGGGCACGGUUGCGACGACCUUCCCGGGAACGGACACUGUAAUAGG